AUGCCACGAAAAUUGCUAAAGUUUCUGAUCCUCUUUGACAACUCGUCCCUGCUGUACUUUCCUGGACAAUUCCUGUCCGGACGGGUACUGCUGGAGCUGCAAGAUGAUACACCGGUUCUGGGACUUUAUUUUCAUGUUGUUGGCGAAUGCGUGGUGCGAGUGCGUUCGACCCGGCACGAGCGAUCGUACGACAAGGAAAACUAUAUUGACUUUCGCAUGAGAUUGCUAGGCGACUCGGACAACCAAGGUCCUACGAUUCUGUCCCCCGGUAUUCAUAGCUUCCCGUUCAAGCUCGGUCUACCGGUUGAUCUCCCGUCGACCUUCCUUGGACGGUAUGGUUGGGUGCAGUAUUUUUGCAAGGCCGGUCUGCGUGAACCUUCCGGGCUAAUUCACAAAAACCACCAGGUGUUUAUCGUAAUGAAUCCUAUUGACUUGAAUCUCGAACAACAGUAUCUGGCGGAUCCUUUUAAAUGUAACAUUGAGCAUAAUCUCGGCAUGGCAUGUGUUGGAGGAGGGAUCGUAAAGUGUAAGAUAAUUCUCGACCGAGGUGGCUACGUGCCUGGAGAGUCAAUUAUGAUCACAGCGACUGUGACAAACGCUAGUAGUGUUACGAUUAAAUCGACAAAAGCUGCACUCACAGAGACGAUACAGUACUUUGCACGUGAUAAAGUCAUUCAGACAGAAAAACGAGAGUUGGCAGUGAUAGCCCGAGGAAAGAUACGGGCUGGUCAUAGGGAUGAAUGGCAGAACGAAUCCCUCUACGUGCCACCACUGCCACCAACGAACCUGCGUGGAUGUCAUUUGAUAAGAAUACAAUACGACGUUUGUUUCUUAAUCGAACCAAAAUCGUUGGAAAAGCAAAUCAAAUUACAGCUGCCUAUAACGCUCGGUACGUACCCCUUCAAAACCGCCGAUGGUGACGACACAAACGAGUGGGCCGAAACCAUUUACAAACCGGAAACACAUUAUCCGUCCACGUUGCCCAUCUUUCGACCAUGGUUGCAUGAAAAAAAUGAUGAAAAAUAAGCAUACGACAUGAUCUAACUCGCCUAAACGGUCGACAUAGUUGGUUGAUUAGCGUAACAAGUAGCACUAGUAGGCUGCGCGGAAAUGAGCAAUGGCCGAUCGCAGGUGGUGCCAUACAUUAAAAAUAUAGCCAAUUUAAUGAAAAGGAGAAGAGAAAAAGGGAAUACUUAUUCCUACGAGCAAACGCGGAAUACAUU